UGCCUCGCUUGCCGUAGGAAACACGGAAAAACUGUGGACAUGAUGGUAGUCAGUUAGCCUGCUAGCCAUUUUCGGCUGUUUAUUAUCAUGGUAACAUGUUCGGCAGCAAGUGAUAAUUUGUCUGUUGACGAGGGAGGAUGUGGAGGGGAUGUGGCUGAAUAAUGGGAAACGUUUUUGGGAGAAAGAGCCGACCUUCGCGUGUAACGGAACAAGACAAAGCCAUUUUGCAAUUGAAGCAGCAGAGAGAUAAGCUGAAACAGUACCAAAAGAGGAUCACCCUACAGCUGGAGAAAGAGCGACUCCUUGCAAAGCAGUUGCUAAAAGAUGGCAGGAAAGAAAAAGCACUGCUGCUUCUUAAGAAGAAACGAUAUCAGGAUCAGCUGCUAGACAAGACUGAAAAUCAGAUUUCAAACCUAGAGCGCAUGGUUCAAGACAUUGAGUUCAUGCAAAUUGAGAUGAAAGUCAUCGAGGGGCUUAAGGUUGGCAACGAUUGUCUGAAGAGCAUGCACGAGAUCAUGUCAAUUGAAGAUGUGGAGAGAAUCCUGGAUGAGACCCAGGAAUCAAUUGAAUAUCAAAGGCAAAUAGAUGAAAUGCUGGCUGGAGCCCUGACGCAGGAGGACGAGGACGCUGUUCUAGCAGAGCUGGAAGCUAUCACUCAGGGAGAAGAUGUAGCACUUCCAGAGGUCCCCACUGAGCCACUACCUGAGGUCCCGGAGGCGGCAAAAGCUGAACCAGAGAGAAGAGAAGCAAAGAACAAGCCAGACAGGGAGAUGUUGGCAGCCUGACAGGCCAAAUUUGUGGUUGGGAGUUGGCCGUCUUUGUACCGAUGGGCACUAAUUUUAGUAUUUCAUCCUUAAUUGUUAGUCGGUGAAGGUGGGACCUGCAGACAUCAGUGCACCGUGACACAUUUUAAAGAAUCAGCACUGUGUCUGUACUCUGGCUCACUGCUCCCCUGAAGUAUCUACAUACAGGAAGUGUUUCUCUUUGUCUGACUCUGAUAACCUAAGCAGUGUUACUUUAUAAAUGUUCUGGUGUAACAGAAUGAGGGGACACAUUUUUAGAUGUUUUACACGUAAUUUCAGUUUUUUCCAUAUUAAAUUGAGCUGU